AUGGGGACAGUCGGGCGUACGGGGUCCAUAAAGAUGGCGAAGAGGUGUCUCGCUCUCCCGCAGUUUGCUAGGCGUAUUGGUCCCUCUGCUCUUGAAUUCGUCUGUCCUUUUGUAAGAAGCCGGGCUCUUGGCUAUGGGUACGUGUCGCCUGACGCUAGGUCGCAGGGGCAUAUCCAACGGGGUGAAAUUAGCAUGAGCUGUUCAGGUCAGAGGCUACUGUCAGCUUUUUCAGGCCCAAGCUUUAUCGUGUCCAGAUUGGCCUUCUUCACUGAGGGAAUUUUUUUAUUUGGGGGCCACUGUGAGCUGGGGGCGGGGGCAGCUCACACUUACGUGAUGAAGUCAAUGCAACCGAUUUUGCCAUGGAACGUUGUACUUUGUAGGAGGUCGCCCUCGCGACAAAGGAGGAGAAGAUCCUCACAAAAUACUCGAGCCAUUUCGUCCGUCUACCACGCAUUGGACCCGUGCUCUCGCUUCUGGACGGCAAUUGACAGGAACAACGAAGAAGGGGACGCGAAGGGAAGUGAAGGAGCCGGGACUAAGCGAGGAAAGUAUUUGCCACCGCUGUUGGAUUGA